AAGCAACUCGAACCAUAAGAUUAAGAUCUUGAAGCUCUGUAGUCGUAUAGAACUUGUAAAUGGGAUCAAACCAUAGAGAGCAAAAGGCACAUUCUUACAUUUUCCAAUAAUGCUACCGGGCGUAGGUGUGUUUGGAACUGGCGAGAUAGCCAAUGUGCUGGUGCCACUGCUUCGCGAGAAGGGAUUCGAGGUGCGGGCCAUCUGGGGGCGGACGCUGAAGGAGGCCAAAGAAACUGCCACCACGCAGAAUGUUCAGUUCCACACGAACGUCAUCGAUGAUGUCUUGCUGCGGAAAGAUGUGGACUUGGUCUUCAUUGUCUGUCAACCCUUCCUGCAUGCAGAGAUCUCGGUGAAGGCGUUGGGCAUUGGGAAGCAUGUUGUUUGCGACAAACCUGCGGGUCUGCAUCAACAGGAUGCCCUCAAGAUGGUUCGGGCAUCGCAGUAUUAUCCCACUCUGAUUUCCCUGGUUAAUCAUCCGCUGAGAUUCCUGCCCGCUUUUACGCACAUGCGACGCUGCUUGCAGGAGGAACUAAUCGGAUCUUUGGGCGAAAUAGUGCUCAUGGAUGUGCGCGUCCAAAUGGGCACUCUCUUCCCGGAGAAGUACAACUGGAUGUGCGAUGCCCAGAUGGGUGGAGGGGCGCUUAACCAUGUGGGAUCUGUGGUGGACCUGGUGACCUUCCUGCUCCAGCAACAAGCCAUCCGCGUGCAUGGAGUCUUGCGUUCAUACACCAAAACCACACCGGCAAUAAACGGAAUAAGGCAGAUCACGGCACCGGAUUUCUGCAACUUCCAAAUGGAACUCAACACCGGUACUUUGGUGACAGUGGCUCUCCACAGUCAUACAGUGCCGGCGAAAGCCUUCUCUCAGGAGGUCCUCAUCUACGGCAGCAAAGGCCACUUGGUUGUUCGGGGCGGGGACUUGUUUGUACUGAAAGAGGGACAACCCAAGGAGGAAGCUGUCUAUGUGGACGUGCAGGAUCUUCACUUUUCCACCAACAAUUCUUUGCUUCCUCGUCCCUAUAUCAAAGGCCUCUGCAAGAUGGUGGGCGCCCUGAAGGAAGCCUUUGGUAGCAAGGAAUCGUCAUGGGUUAAGGCACCAGUUUCCACAGCAGCCACCUUCGAGGAUGGUCUCUAUGUCCAGGCAGUGGUAGAGGCCAUCAGGAAGUCCAACGAAUCGCGUCAGUGGCAAAGGGUUCAGUUAUCCACAGACGCUCCUCUUAACCACGAUCAGAUCAUUCGAUAUGCACGCAUGUCCACCAUGUAGUGUGCUACUUCUAUGUGCAAUUCCUCAUCGAGUAUCCAUAAAGGGAUAUAUAUUUUUAUACAUUAUUGUCCUUAGCCUGUAAGCAUGAUAUAAGGCUUAUUACCUUUGUCACCCCCAUCAAUGUAUUUAACUUAUUGUGUUUGGCAUCUGCAUUUUGCAACUAAUAAAGUGUAUU